GGGAGGGGGCGGGACUACCGUCAGAGUGUGGAUAGAGAGCACAGUGGUGUGUCAGCAGCACAGCUACGGCUCCGGCAGAGGGAGGAAUCAAUACGCGUUGGGCUGUGUGUUAUAUAUCAUCCAGCUUUACCGGAAUACUUUCAUUUCCCUCUCAGAAGAUAUGAGACGAGUUGUACGGCAGAGCAAAUUCCGUCACGUCUUUGGCCAGGCGGUGAAAAAUGACCAAUGCUACGAUGAUAUCCGGGUGUCAAGGGUCACAUGGGACAGCUCCUUCUGUGCAGUCAACCCCAAGUUCGUUGCCUUAAUUAUCGAGGCCAGCGGUGGAGGAGCUUUCCUCGUUCUCCCUCUUCACAAGACGGGACGCAUUGACAAAUCCUACCCCACAGUGUGUGGUCACACAGGCCCUGUGUUAGACAUCGACUGGUGCCCCCACGAUGAUCAGGUCAUCGCCAGCGGCUCCGACGACUGCACAGUGAUGGUGUGGCAGAUUCCUGAGAAUGGCCUCGUCACUCCCAUGGCUGAGCCCGUGGUGAUACUGGAGGGCCACUCCAAGCGCGUUGGCAUCAUCACAUGGCACCCAACAGCACGCAACAUCCUUCUCAGUGCAGGCGGCGACAACCAGAUCAUUAUCUGGAACGUGGCCACAGGAGAGGCUUUGCACACCCUGGAGGACAUGCACCCAGACGUCAUUUACAACGUGUGCUGGAACCGCAACGGUAGCCUUAUCUGCACCUCCUGCAAGGACAAGGCCGUCCGUGUCAUCGAUCCCCGCAAGGAGGAAAUUGUUGCUGUGAGGGAGAAGGCACAUGAGGGCGCUCGACCCAUGAGGGCCAUUUUCCUGUCUGAUGGCAACAUCCUCACCACAGGUUUCAGUCGCAUGAGUGAGAGACAGCUCGCCCUCUGGAACGCGAAUGACAUGGGGGAGGCCAUGGCUGUUAAUGAGAUGGACACCAGCAACGGAGUGCUCUUGCCCUUCUAUGACCCAGACACCAGUGUUGUUUACCUCUGUGGGAAGGGUGACAGCAGCAUCCGUUACUUUGAAAUCACGGACGAGGCUCCGUAUGUUCACUUCCUCAGCACCUUUGCCACCAAGGAGCCUCAGAGGGGCAUGGGCUACAUGCCCAAGAGGGGCCUUGAUGUCAAUAAGUGCGAAAUUGCGAGGUUCUAUAAACUGCAUGAAAGGAAGUGUGAGCCUAUCGUGAUGACUGUACCGAGAAAGUCGGACCUGUUCCAGGACGACUUGUACCCAGACACAUCUGGACCCGACCAUGCCCUGGAGGCUGAGGAGUGGUUCGAAGGCAAAAACGGAGACCCCAUCCUCAUCUCCCUCAAGAACGGCUACGUCCCGACCAAGAACCGCGAAUUCAAGUUUGUCAAAAAGACAAACAUUUUGGACAAGAACAAGUCGAACGCUAGCGACGCCAACAACUCUGCCUCCUCAACUCCAUCGAUUAAAUCUGAAGCCAAGCUGGAGGAGAUCUUGAAAGAAGUCAAAUCCCUCAAGGACCUGGUCAGCAGUCAGGAGAAGCGAAUCAUCAAACUUGAAGAGCAGAUGUCCAAAAUUGCCAUUUAGGGACCCUUUUACCCGACCCGCUACAAUUCAGGACGCUCCAUUGGCUGGGGGGUGUGGGCGGGACCAGUCACUGCCUAUCUCAAUGACAGUGUUUCGUCUGAGGCCUGCCUAGCAAUGAUCCCUAGCAACAUUCCAGAUGAACUUUUUCUUAGCCAGCCCCCAACCCUCAGUUUAACACAGGUGGAAUAAGGAUGUGUGGCAAAUUUAGCAGAAAAUACUCUUUGCUUUUUGGUGACAAAGGACUCUAUUCCUUUUAUUGUGUGGCAGUCAUUUUUUUUUAUUUUGUAUACAAAAGGUCCUUUGCAUUUUAGAAAAAUAUGACCAAGAAAAAAUUCCAAUAUCAAUAGUCCGCAUUUGCCAUUGCAUACCCAAAUAUUUUUUUAAGUAGGCAUCUGUGUUACAUGUUACCAUACCCCAAAAUUAUGUUGCCAAAUUUGACAUUUUGUUUACACCUCCUUAACAGUAUUUCUUUCUCUCUCUUUGUGGGAAGAGUCAAAAUGCAAACAGGGGCGUUCAGUGCCGGAGACUGGUUAUGUAAGGACGUCAUCAGUAAUUCACUAUGAAAUUUGAAUAAUUUAAACAAAUUGGAUGGUUAUGCUAGGAAGAUUGACAUUUCAAACUGUGUAAUUAGGAGGAAAUAAAUUCAGAUUGAAGACCCAUUUAGCUGCCACAGUCUGCACCAAGCACCCAGACACAUUACAUAAAUGACAAAUCUUACUGUCUGUGUUAAAGCUGAACAAAUUAACCUCCCGCUUUUUGCCAUUUUCUUCUCAUUCCUGUCGCUUCCCGUCAUUCUGACUGUGGACAAUAGUCCACGUAAACAUGCAUUCCUGUCUGUCUUGCUACAUUAACACGCACUGUGUGCUUAUUGGAGAAAAUGACAAACACAUUCCACAACUCUCAUUGGCAGGAAAAACAUACUUCUUUAAAGUUCCUCUUGCUGUGAACACUCUGCUGUAGUGACUCAGUUACACUGGUUGGUUGUUAUUGUGACAUCUACGUGCUGCCCCAUGAAAAAAACCAACUUUGUGGAUUUUCAACCUCAGCUCUGCUUUGUUUAUGUGAGAGGUUCAGUCACUGACCUCUGUGUUUAGUAGCCACGGGCCUCGCUCAGUGUAGUCAAGUGUAGUGGGAUUAUUUUUUGUCACCGUUAUACGCCAUCUCGGAUCAUCCGUACAAACAAGACAGGAAAAGACACCAAGUAAUCACACGUUGACUUGACUAUUUGAAACCUUCUGGUGAUAAAACUGGAGUUUGCUACAGAAACUGUUCAUGAUAGACCUUAAAGGCCUAGAUUGUGUGUGAAUAUGUGCCUCAUGUCUUUGGUCUUUUGGGUACCUGUCACUAUGGAUGUUCCUGCUUUUGUUUCUUAUCGUGGGCGGGUUAUGAAUUGGACUCCCAGUAGAACGUCCAAGACUUGCCUCUAACUUGGAUGAAUUGGGUUGGGUUAUUGCUUCACUGUUAAUUUUAGCCUGUUUCUUGUUCCAGCUGUGCUUAUAUCCCUCUUAGCACUUCCACCUUUUUUUUUUUAUGGUUUAUUUCUCAGAUGCCCCCAAUUCAGUAUCACAAAAUCAAGGAACCAUUGAAUUGUCUGAGCGGUUUGGAUCAGACGGCUAAGAUGAAAAGCUCCUCUUGAUGUUUUUAGAUUAGUUUCCCAGUGGGAAGCUGAGACGGGUAAUGGUUCAGUCUGUUGUUUGCCUUCAAUAUUUGUUACCACUGUAAAGACCUGAAAGUGCCAUAGAGGUGACCAUGGAAGUGUUUAUAGGGGGACGGUUGAGAGAGUAGAUGUGUGUAGUAAAUGGAAGAGUCGAUAGGUGCCCAGAUUUAAAACCACUUGUGAGGUGCUUUAGUGUAUGUUCAAAGGACCCUGCCAAUCCAUCCCACGAUGCACCAGGCAGCAUUACUGGUCGGGGUUUGUUAGUAAGCAGUGUGCCCCUUUCCACCUCGGUACGGGUAUUCAAAACAUCUUCAAAAAUGAUGUCAAACCGAAAAGCUGUCAGCAGCCUUUUCGAGAUGCAAUUUGAGCAGCGAGUCGUAGAAUAUUAUCGACAGAGAUGUGCGUCUGACACAAAUUCUACUGCCCUAUCUUGUGUAUCAGACCGCCACUCUUUGGGUUCUUCAUAGCACUGUUGGCACGAGAGUGAAGUUGUGAGGAGUAGUAAUGAAUAGCGAUCGAAAGGGACUUCGUAGGUUGGAGAAAUGUGCAGUUGAAAGAUAGAUGUAUGUUUGUAAUUUAGGUCUAGAAAAACUUGAGUGAAAGCUGUGUAAAUAACAUGACCAUAUUUUCUGUUCUUUUUUUUUUAUUUCAUUUUUGUUUUGUGGUUGUGCUGAAGAGGGUAUUUGUGUGGGAGGUGGGUUUUAAAUGUUUCCCCUUGUCUGUGUUCCCUGCACCUUGCCAUAAUGCAUCAUGCAAAAAAGCAGAACCUCCGAUAAUGUCGGAGGUCGUAUGAAUAUCGAGAAAGAAAAUCAGAGGAAAGCGAACCAGGAUGAAGCCUCACGUUGGAGGUCUGCUCAGCAUUUUUGUUCAUUAUUCUUGCUUCAAGUAUCAAACAUUGAUUAUAAGAAAAAUUAAUAAAGAAUUUUUAAAAUGGC